ACAACUGGAGAGUGCAUAUGUAAACCAGGUUGGCUCUCAGCCACAUGUGAUGUAGACAAUGAUGAGUGCCAAGUAAUACCUACCUCCUGUCCAUCUCCAUUCAAAUGUAUUAAUGUCCCUGGGAGUUUUGUGUGUAAAUGUAACUCUGGUUACUACUCUUCAAAUAGCCAGUGUCUCGGUAAUUGCAUUAUCUUAUGA